CUCAUCCAGCGGACUGUGUCCUCGACCCUCAGAUAAAUUUCACCAUAAUUACCACAGGCCUGCGCGCACUAAACUAGAGAUUCGCCAUUGCCCUCGGAGCUAGACGGCGGAAUUUGAGAAAAGCGGUGCUCUAUCAAAGUGUCUGAUCUAUCAUGUUGGGGAUUAAUUUUUGAGAUACUACGAUCCGAAGACAAACAUUUUUCAGUGUGUGGAGCCGCGCUGGGACAAACAGAACGAUCCUGAACAUUUUCUGUGAUCGUUUCACGCGCUGUCGGAACGACAGAAGGGAGCAUGCGUGAGUAAAGGUUUCUGCGGUGGGAUCUCAAGCUCCUCUCCCCAGCUGGAGCCCCUGCGCUGUAGGACACGAGACUGCCAUCCUUCACCCACACUGACUUCAGUUUAAUAGGUGAAAAGAUGAGGAAGUUUGCAUACUGUAAGGUGGUGCUGGCCACGUCUCUGGUGUGGGUGAUGCUAGACAUGUUCAUCCUGCUCUACUUCAGCGAGUGCAACAAAUGUGAUGAGAAAAAAGAGAGAGGACUGCCAGGGAGAGACCCUGUGGUUCAAAGGCAUCAUGAUGGCCCAGGGGAGAUGGGAAAGCCAGUGGUCAUCUCUAAAGACCGCCAGGAGAAGAUGAAGGAAAUGUUUAAGAUAAACCAGUUUAACCUGAUGGCCAGUGAGAUGAUUGCACUCAACCGAUCUUUACCAGACGUCCGGCUUGAGGGGUGUAAGACAAAGGUGUAUCCGGAUGAUCUCCCACGCACCAGUGUAGUCAUUGUGUUCCAUAAUGAAGCAUGGACCACCCUGCUCCGAACUGUCCACAGCGUCAUCGACAGGUCACCAAGACCCCUGUUGGAGGAAAUCGUGCUGGUAGAUGAUUACAGUGAGAGAGACUUCCUGAAGCGACAAUUGGAGCAAUACGUGCGGAAAUUGGAGGUGCCCGUUAGGGUGGUAAGGAUGGAGCAACGGUCAGGUCUCAUUCGUGCCCGAUUGAAGGGGGCGUCCAUCUCCACGGGUCAGGUGAUUACCUUCCUGGAUGCCCACUGUGAGUGCACCACCGGUUGGCUGGAGCCUCUGCUCUCUCGCAUCAAACUUGACAAGAAAACAGUAGUGUGUCCCAUCAUUGAUGUGAUCAGCGAUGACACAUUCGAAUACAUGGCAGGGUCCGAUAUGACAUAUGGAGGGUUUAACUGGAAGCUGAACUUCCGCUGGUAUCCAGUUCCACAGAGAGAGAUGGACCGCAGGAAAGGAGACAGAACGCUGCCCGUCAGGACCCCCACAAUGGCAGGUGGACUGUUUUCCAUAGACAGAGAUUACUUUCAAGAGAUUGGCACAUAUGAUGCAGGCAUGGACAUUUGGGGAGGAGAAAACUUGGAGAUCUCCUUCAGGAUCUGGCAGUGUGGGGGAACGCUCGAGAUCGUCACAUGUUCUCACGUCGGUCAUGUGUUCCGUAAGGCGACUCCCUAUACGUUCCCUGGUGGAACUGGGCAGAUCAUCAACAAGAACAACAGACGUCUGGCAGAGGUCUGGAUGGAUGAGUUCAAGAACUUCUUCUACAUCAUCUCACCUGGUGUGACGAAGGUGGAUUAUGGUGACAUCUCAUCCAGAACAGCUCUGAGACAGAGACUGCAGUGUAAGCCGUUCUCCUGGUACCUUGAAAAUGUCUAUCCAGACUCCCAGAUACCACGCCAUUACUACUCCCUGGGAGAGAUCCGUAAUGUGGAGACCAACCAGUGUCUGGAUAACAUGGCAAGGAAAGAGAAUGAGAAAGUUGGCAUUUUCAACUGUCACGGCAUGGGCGGCAACCAGGUUUUCUCGUACACAGCCAAUAAAGAGAUCCGAACUGAUGACCUCUGUUUGGAUGUGUCCAAACUCAACGGUCCUGUUAUGAUGCUCAAGUGCCAUCACUUGAAAGGCAACCAGCUCUGGGAGUACGACCCAUUGAAGCUGAGCCUGGUACAUGUGAACAGUAAUCAGUGUUUGGAUAAGGCAUCUGAAGAUGACAGUCAGGUGCCCAGCGUCAGGGACUGCACCGGGGGCCGCUCACAGCAGUGGCUUCUACGCAACGUCACACUGCCCGAGAUAUUCUGAGAUCCCCACACACAAGCACACGGAUGGACAGAUGGACAGAUGCUUACACCUUAGCUGGUGGAGAGAGAAAGAGAGAGAGAAGACUGCUUUUUUCUCAAUCCCUUAUGGUCUGCUUUUAAAUGAUCUAAAUGAACAGAACUGUAGCAUAUGGAUAUGAAUCUCCCCAUCACUCCACCUUGCUGAGGAACAGAAAGAAAUAUGGAGAGAAAAAAACACUUUUUUUUUCUUUUCUUUUUUUUGUGGGGAGAGAAACGAGUUUGAUACCCUCAUCUUCCUCGUUUAAGGAGCAGGGGGCAAUUUGGUUAUGUUUACGAGAACGCCUCCCUUUUUAGAGUAUUAGUGUGUUUGUUUGUGUGUCUGUGUUGAGAGUAUGUGAGCCAGAUUGUUUUCACCCUCUUAUUAGUUUAAUUUAAUUAUUUUUAAAGCCUUUUAGAAAUGAGGGUUUUUAGCACAUGAAGGAGAGGCUAACAUAUGUGUUUGAGUGCUUGUGUGUGAAUGCCGUUGUCGCAUAUCAGGAUGGAUCCGUGGAUCAAUUUGCCCAAGCUUAGAAGCAGGGGCUCCCCCUACUGGCCAUUGACAAAUGUUGGCAUUGCCCUGACCUGUCUAUCAAUCUUAUAGUGUCAAGUGAGUGGACUACCUUCAGUCAAUCACUGUAUAGCUCUAUAAUCAAUGAACAGGAUGAUGGAUCAUCAAGGACAUCAUAGGACAUGUUUCAUAUCGUCUGUGUUUAGGUAACAUUUUUUACACCAGUGGUGCACGAUACUUUUCUUUGCAUUUUGGAGUGCCACAUAACAGUACUUUUCAAUUUAAUUUUUUAAGGACUUUUGUUGUGUUUUCUGUUUCUUUAAGGUAUGGUGGUAAUUUAAAGUUUAAUGGAUAGUUCGCCAAAAAUGAAAAUUCUGUUAUCAUAUACUCACCUUUGUGUUGUUCCAGACAUUUUUGCUUCGUGGAUGAUUCACAAGUUAGCCUCAGUCACCAUUCACUUUCAUUUUAUCGAAAAACGAUGCAAGAAAGAAAGGUUUGGAGCAACAUGAGUGUGAGUAAAUAAUGACAGAAUUUUUAUUUUUGGUUGAACUAUCCCUUUAACACCAAUUUCAGGACAAGUUCCUGAACUCACCCUGAACUGUUGCCUUCCUAUGGGUUUCAGCCCUUUAGUUGAAAUGAGUUGCAUUACCCACAACCAAAUGGGUUGAUCAGAAAGAGAUGGAUUGUCUUCUGUCAUCCAAAAGUGCAAGGGUCACUGUCAGGGUUGGGGAGUAACGAAAUACAUGUAACAGGAAUACGUAUUUAAAAUACAGAACAUAAGUAACUGUAUUCCACUACAGUUACAAUUUAAAUCAUUGGUAAUUAGAAUACAGUUACAUUCAAAAAGUAUUUUGAUUACUGAACAGAUUACUUUGCAUUUUAUUGUAAUUUGUUUAAUAUUUAGUCCUUUCAGAUGGAGAACAUUUAUACUUGUAAAUGAUGUGAUCCAAAGUGCAUUUGAACAGCAGUGAAACAAAUUCUUAUGAUAUGUUACAUUCAUACUAGCAGACAGAGAAGAAUGUUUGAAGUAAGUUUGGAGCAGAAGGAAUAGAAAUAAAGCUUGUGUAAAUUGUCAGCUUUAUGCUAAGCUAAAAUGCUAUUUAUAGCCAUUUUACAUGCAUAUGUUACCAGACACGAUCAUAUUUGUUUAUCAAGAAAAUUCACAUUAGAUCAUAAUUACUUUUUUACUAGUAAGAGCUUUGAUAUUAGGGUAAAAAUCGUAUUCUUGAUGAUAAUAUUUGUAUUGUUUUCCUGUAAAAAUAUCUAAAAUCCUUCAAACAAGAUCAAUUAGAUUUAUCUUGUUUUAGAAACAACACUGCAUAAGAUAUUUAGGUUUUUCAGAGAAUGUAUUUUUAACAUAUGUAUUUUGUCUUACUGUACUGGCAAAGUUUUUAUAGACAAAACAAGUGAAAAAAAUCUACCAGUGCUGAAGAAGUAAUCCAAAGUAUUUAGAAUAUGUUACUGACCUUGAGUAAUCUAACGGAAUACAUUACAAAUGACAUUUUACUGUAUGUAUUCUGUAAUCUGUAGUGGAAUACAUUUCAAAAUUAACCCUCCCAACCCUGGUCACUGUGUACACGUGCGAGAGAUAAUGACUGAAUUAAAAUUUGUCUAAUAUCUUACUUGUUUACGUUCACUUUAAAUUGUUACUGAUGUGUUUUUAUGUACAAGAAUUACUUUUUGAAUUAAUCAGUUGAUACUUUUAGCAUCUGAAGAUGAUAGUCGGGUGCCCAGUGUCAGGGAUCAGGACGCACUGGGAGCUGCUCACCACAUUGUAACGGAUGUGUAAAAACAGUCUGAAAGCCUGAAGAGAUUUACUCUGUGUUAUGUCUUGCAUUUCAGAUUCAUUCUUCUGAUUUUUGUUUCAAAUGGUCUGUCAUUUCAAUUUUGUGAAUCCAGUCUCUCCGAUGUCAUAUCAAAAGAGAAAUAGGAAAUUAAGACUGAAGGAUGCUGCUUAGCUGAUAUCGAAGGAGGAUGGAUGAUGAAAGAUAACUUAUCUGAUCUGAAUUUUGUCAAGUGGAAUCAGGAAUCAAUCCUGAUAUUUUUGCCCUCAAUAACUCUUGACCCUAUCCAAAUGCUUCAACAAAUCUUUCUCUCCUCGUAUCCUGCUUCUAAUUCAAUGCUGUUAUUUCUUUAGUUUUUCUGUUGGAUUACUGGAUAGAUGAAAUCUGCAGAGAGAGACUGAGUUCCAUCUUAUUUUCACAUAUCUAGCCAUAUAAAGAUUCUAAUUAUCUGAUUCUAAAAAUAUGUAAAAUUAAGAUUUUAAAUAAAAAGUUUAAGAUUCUGAAAAACAUUCUAAAUAAUGAUUCUAAAUUCUCAGAUUCUAAAAGAUUUUAUAUAACAAUUGUAAGAUUCUGAAAAAGAUUCUAAGUACUGAUUCUAAAUGAACUAAACACAUUAAUAUAAAUAAAAAUUCUUUAAAUAUGUUCAGCUGCGGAGAGUGAGGAGAUGAAGAUAAAGUCAAGUAUUUGGACAGGGCCUCGGGAUCAUCUGUAGACGUGCAAGUAUGAAUGAGUGUGUUUAUAUCUGUCAAAGGGAAGUCUUUCGUUCUUUUUUUAACCUGUUGCGGGUCUGGCCUGCUGAUUGAUGGGUUAGAGAGUCCUGUGUUGAAAUUAUCCACAGGCUGGAGAAAUAAACCACAGAAAGUUUACAGUUUAACUUCUCUCUUAGUUUUUGGUGUCUUCUUCAUAUACUCUCAAUUUCAUGGAGAAAUUAUCAAUUUUUAUCAAAUUAUUGGUUUGUUGAGAAUAGUGUGAGAAUCUUAGUGGGUUUGGGCUCCAUUGCUGCAAACAAAGAUUUACCACUCAAGCAAGGUCCUUAAAGGGAUAGUUCUUCCAAAAAGGAAAACUCUUUCAUUAUUUACUCACCAUCAUGCUAUAUAAAAUGUGUAUAACUUUCUUCUGCAGAACACAAAUUAAGAUAUUUUAGAAGAAUAUCUCAGCUUUGUAGGUCCAUACAAUGCAUGUGAAUGGUGAUCAGACCUUUGAACAUCCAAAAAGGAGGUAAGGUCAGCAUAAACAAUCCAUCAGACAUCAGUGGUUUAAUCAAGGUCUUCUGAAGCAAUCCAGUUGGUUUUGUGAGAUAACAGACCAAAAAAUAAAUCCUUUUUCACUUUACAUCUUGCCAUUGCAGUCUUGAUAGGUAAGAUCAUGAUUUCAAACUCAAUUACACUUCCUAGUGCAUGAUGGCGCUAUAGGAAGUGUAAUUGAGCUUGAACUCAUGAUCGAGCCUUGAGAUUGCUGUCAAGAUAUACAGUGAAAUAGGAGUUACAAAACCAACUGGAUUCUGACUUUAUCUACUUUUUGGGAGGCAUGAGGUUGAGUAAAAUGAUGAGAGAAUUUUGAUUUUUGGGUGUACUGUCACUUUGAUCAGUAUCAAAAUAGCACAUGACAAGGAAAUAAUGUUCCAUGAAUGUAUUCAACUUUGAAUUGCUUCAUAACUCUUUAAAAAAAUAAACAUUUAUAUAGCAUUUGGGUUUAGGUUCAAAGUUUCAAGAGUUUAUAAGUGUAACUAACAUUGACCAGUGAAGUGUUUACUAUCCAUUAUGACUUUCUUUGGGUUGUGACUUGGUAGUGCUGUCAAAAAACGUCUCAGGCUAUGGUGCCUAUGACAUGUACAGUAAAAGUGUUGAAAUGACAGCUUCACUUAUUGUUUGGUGUCUUAGCAUCAACUUUGUUGGUGUGUUUUGUUCAGAAUGUGUUAAAUGUGGUUUGCCUCAUCAAAUCAGAAGAAAAAAGAAUUGUUUUAGAUCAGUCAGUUCAGAUGUUAUCAGCAGAAAUUUUAAGAGGGAAAAUGUAAAAAAAU